AUAAUUUCAAUAUAUAUUUAUAUCCGUCGAAAGUCUGUUUAAAUAACCUGAAAACUAAACAUCAAUUGCGAUACAAGAGAUCGUUUACAUUUGGGUUUUGCAUACGAAUCGAUGAAUGACUGCAUAAAUGAUGAAUAAAUUGGUUAUUAUUUUUAUAUUUUGCAUUACAUUUAACACAAUUCAAUCGAUCACUCAAUCACUUAAUGGAAACGAUUGGUUCGCAACGAAUCAAAAUAAAUCAAUACGAGUGUUGGCCAGAGUUCCCGGUUCUAUAUUUACGGAUCUCAUCCGCAAUAAUGUUUUGAAAGAGGAUCCCUAUUAUGGCAGUAAUGACUUCAACUAUAAAUGGGUUUCUUAUGAUAACUGGACUUUUGAUAAAAUAUUCAAUGUGGACGAAAAUAUUAUCGACAAGAAAGGAGUAUAUCUUAUAUGUCAUGGUUUGGACACAAUUAGUGCCAUAUAUUUAAAUGAUGUGUUCAUUGGAAACACCGAUAAUAUGUUCGUUCGGUACAAAUUCGAUAUAAAACCGCAUUUAAGAAUUGGACAAAAUAUGAUUCGCAUUUCAUUUGAAUCGGCCGUCACUUAUGCCCAAAGAAUUCACGACCGAUACAUACGGGACAACUACAUUGUACCGCCCGGUCAAUCGUCUCCUUUUGUGCAAAGAGGAGAACUGCACGCAAACUAUAUCCGCAAAAUGCAGUCUUCUUUCAGUUGGGAUUGGGGGCCAUCCUUUCCAACACAAGGCAUUUGGAAGAAUAUUGAAAUCCAGUCCAUAGAUUCGGCAAUUAUUAGAGAUAUUGUGGUCAAUACUAUCCCUCAACCUAACGACAAAUGGCUUUUAAAUACUACUAUUCAUUAUGAGUCUAUAUAUUACACUCAAUUUGAGGGUUUGCUUCAGAUAUCUAUUUAUAAUACUGUUAUAUUGAGAAGUCGUGUCCAACUCAUGCCAUCAGCCGAUGGCAAUGCAGUGCUUAAUCUGGAAAUACCAGUAAACGAAUCG